CCACCCACACACCAUACCGACAUACACACCUCCACAGAGCGAAAGUGAACUCAGAAGCCCUGCGUCCCUCUGAGCUGCAGCAGAGAGCACCAUGUUGUUCGUGGUCGCAAUGCUCGCGGUGCUGACAGCGCGCGCCGCCGGAGACCCCGACCCCACCAUAGGGUACGAGGACCCGGAGACCGGGCACGAGCUCAAGUGCACGCUCUGCCCGGCCGGCACGCGCGCAAAGGCACCGUGUACGCGUACACAGCCCACAGACUGCGCGCCCUGCAGGCCGGGCUACUACACGAAGCACCGGAACUUUCUGGACCGCUGCCUGCCCUGCCGCGCGCCCUGCGACCACAACCAGCGCGAGCGGCAGGAGUGCACGCCUACGACAGACCGAGUGUGCGGGUGCGCGCCCGGCUACUACUGGCGCGCGGAGCAGUGCAUGAGGCACACGCGCUGCGCCCCGGGGUUUGGCGCCAAACGGAACGGAACCGAACACCAGGACACAGAGUGUACGAAAUGCCCACACGGGACGUUUUCGGAGGGGAACUCAGAGCAUGCCCAGUGCAUUUCACACACAGGCUGCACGAGCCCUCAGUUCAAGGUCCUUCAGGGCACCAGCUGGCAUGAUGACAUUUGUGCCUCCUGUACUCAGCUUAGCAAUGGAGGACAUACAGCGUUACUCCGAGACCACUUGCCCAAAUUUUUUGUGCACGAAAAUAUGAAGGUGAGGAAACUUAAAAAGAUUGUCCGUUUUCUCGGUAAGCAGACACAGACACGACGGUUGAAGCUGAAGGAUGCCACCAGCAGACAGUUGAUACAGUACAUCACCGAUCUGACUAAGGCUCAGGACGAGGAGCUUUGGAAGCUACCAGAGAUGAUGGAAAGUUUGCAGCUCCACAAAACUGCAAAGAAACUCAAGAAGAUUUGUACAGAUUUAGUAAAUUCCUCAAAUUGCAAGUAAAAUGUGUUAGUGGA